CGCCUCUCUCCACCGCCGCGGGACCGGCAAGGGGGAGCCCCGGGCCCACCCGGAGCCGCUCCUCGCCAACUUUUUUUCUCUGCGACUUGGCGGCGGCGACGAUGCCGAGCGGGAGGCUGAGCCGCCCGCUGCCCCGUGCCAGCCCCCGCUGCCACCCCUGCGGGCUCGGAGGUGGGGAUCGGGCGGGAGCGAGGGGCAGGCGCGCAGUAACAGCGCUCGGUGCUCUCUUGGCAGAAAGUCCUGGAGCUGAAGGAGGAUUUGAAGCCCGCUGCCCCUGCGGAACAGCAGCCGCUCUUGCCUCGCUCAGGUUCUGAGUCUGCUCCUCCGCGUGGCACCUUGGAGUUUCUAGCUGGCACCAUUACCUCCAACGAGUGGAGUUCUCCCACCUCCCCUGAGGGGAGCAACGACUCGGGGGGCAGCGAGGCCUUGGACAAACCCAUUGACAAUGACGCUGAGGGCGUGUGGAGUCCGGACAUCGAGCAGAGCUUCCAGGAAGCGCUAGCCAUCUACCCGCCAUGCGGCCGGCGCAAGAUCAUCUUGUCAGACGAAGGCAAGAUGUAUGGCCGAAAUGAGUUGAUUGCCCGCUAUAUUAAGCUGAGAACAGGGAAAACACGCACAAGGAAACAGGUAUCUAGUCACAUCCAGGUCCUGGCAAGGCGGAAGGCUAGAGAGAUCCAAGCCAAGCUCAAGGAUCAGGCAGCUAAAGAUAAAGCCAUGCAGAGUAUGGCUACAAUGUCAUCUGCCCAGAUUAUCUCUGCAACUGCCUUCCAUAGUAAAAUGGCCUUGCCUGGUCUCCCACGACCAGCCUACCCUGCUGUUUCUGGGUUUUGGCAAGGAUCAUUGCCAGGCCAAGCUGGAUCUUCCCAGGACGUGAAACCUUUUUCUCAACAACCUUAUGCUGUACAGCCUCCACUUCCAAUACCAGGGUUUGAAUCUCCUACUGGCCUCUCACCUUCCCCAUCAGCACCAGCUUGGCAAGGACGAAGGGUUGCUAGCUCCAAACUUUGGAUGUUAGAGUUCUCUGCAUUCUUGGAACAACAGCAAGACCAAGACACAUAUAACAAACACCUGUUUGUGCACAUUGGGCAGUCAAGCCCCAGCUACAAUGACCCCUACCUCGAGGCAGUGGAUAUCCGGCAGAUCUAUGACAAGUUCCCUGAGAAGAAAGGGGGCCUGAAGGAGCUCUUUGAAAGGGGGCCAGCUAAUGCCUUCUUCCUUGUCAAAUUCUGGGCUGAUUUGAAUACCAAUAUUGAAGAUGAAUCCAGAUCUUUCUAUGGUGUUUCCAGCCAGUAUGAGAGCCCAGAAAACAUGGUCAUUACCUGUUCCACCAAAGUGUGUUCCUUUGGAAAGCAGGUGGUAGAGAAAGUAGAGACAGAGUAUGCACGCUAUGAAAACGGACACUAUUCCUACCGCAUCCACCGCUCCCCUCUCUGCGAAUACAUGAUCAACUUCAUCCAUAAACUCAAGCACCUUCCCGAGAAGUACAUGAUGAACAGUGUGCUGGAGAACUUCACUAUCUUACAGGUUGUGACAAACAGGGACACACAGGAGACCUUGCUGUGCAUAGCAUAUGUUUUUGAAGUAUCAACUAGUGACCACGGUGCCCAACAUCACAUCUACCGGCUGGUGAAGGACUAGAGACUCUCUGCCCUGAGUUGUCCAUGGAAUGCAUGUCUAAGAAAAAAGUCUGUGCUCGAACAUCCCCUGCCCCCUCCCAAACCAAACUGAAAAAUAAACUGCAGAUAUUGUGUAUUUUCAGAAGAGUA